AUGGCCAAAGCUGCUCCAAAGAAGUUUUCCACAAAACCUAACCCUACAGGGGCAACUGUUUCGGCAGAAAAGCACUUAAAUUCUGUGUUCAAAUUCAACACUAACUUGGGUCAACAUAUCUUGAAGAACCCUCUUGUAGCUCAGGGUAUUGUAGAUAAGGCUAACAUUAAACCUUCAGACAUCGUCUUAGAAGUUGGUCCUGGUACUGGUAAUUUGACUGUUCGUAUCUUAGAACAAGCACGUAAGGUUGUUGCUGUAGAAAUGGAUCCUAGAAUGGCAGCUGAGUUGACCAAGAGAGUCCACGGUACUCCGCAGCAGAAGAAGUUGGAUAUCCUUCUUGGAGAUUUCAUGAAGACUGAACUUCCCUACUUUGACGUUUGCAUCUCCAACACACCCUACCAAAUUUCCUCGCCAUUGGUGUUUAAGUUGUUGAAUCAGCCUAGACCUCCAAGAGUAUCAAUCCUUAUGUUCCAAAGAGAAUUCGCAUUGAGAUUAUUGGCUAGACCUGGUGAUCUGCUUUACUGUAGACUCUCAGCUAACGUUCAAAUGUGGGCCAAUGUCACGCAUAUAAUGAAGGUUGGUAAGAACAAUUUCAGACCUCCUCCUCAAGUGGAAUCAUCGGUUGUGAGAAUCGAAAUCAAGCAACCUAGACCAAACAUUGAUUUCAAUGAAUGGGAUGGGUUGUUGAGAAUCUGCUUCGUGCGUAAGAAUAAGACCAUAGCCGCUGGUUUUAAGUCUAAUAAUGUUUUGGAAAUUUUGGAAAAGAACUAUAAAACUUGGUUGGCUACUAGUGCAGCUAACAACAACGAGCAUGACGAUCUGAUGAUGGUGGAUGCUUCAUCAAUGCAAGACAUUGUCAAAAGUAAAAUUGAACAGGUAUUGAGGGAAACAGGAUUCGCUGAGCAGAGAUCUUCAAAGAUGGACCAAACUGACUUCUUAAAAUUGUUAUUUGCUUUCCAUCAAGUUGGAAUCCAUUUUGCUUAA